CUUCAACACAAGGACUGUUUUCACCUACAUGAAGCUCUGCUGAGCGCGUUAAAGAGCUUCCCUCCUUUGCUGUUUAUUCAUUUUUUAUUUCUUUCCCAAAGUGACCAAAGUUUGGAUCUAGGACGUGAAGAAAACAACAAACCAUUGACUGAUCAGAGGCGCUCAGAGGGUUUGUGUUCCUAGAAGCAGGGGCCCCUGGUUGUCGUCGCUCAGCGCUUCUGUGCGCUCCAGGCUCUGACGGUUCUUCGAUUAUUUUUUCCUUUCCUGCGGUUAUGAAGGCUCCCAGUCGGCACUCAGGAAUGUCCUCCGUCUUUAUUGUGUGAUAUGACUAAACCCACGUGAUCUGGACGCCAUGAUGGCCUCGAUGGUUGCCAAUGGAAACAAAGAUGGGAAGUCUCUGGUCUUAAAAGGGGUGGACCCCGAGACAUGCAUGAUUGUGUUUAAGAACCACUGGGCUCAGGUUGUGAAGAUCCUUGAAAAGCAUGAUCCGCUGCGUAGCAGCUCAACGCUGCCCUCCCUCAUCAGCCUCAGCGGUGGAGCUAGUGGAGGCUCUCGCUUUGGCCCGAUCCCAGGAGAUGAAGCCAGCGCCGUGCAGAACUACGUGGAGCACAUGCUUCUCCUGCUGAUGGAGGAGGAGAGCGGUCCGGACGGGGCGAUGGGUCCUAUCCUGGAGUUCGUGGUGAUGGAGAACGUGAUGGAGCGCCUGUUUGUGUGGAGCCUGCGCAGAGAGUUCACAGAUGACAUGAAACUGGAGCAGCUGAAGAUGUACGAGAUGCUGGUGGGCCAGUCGCGCCAGCCUCUGCUCCAUCACAAGCCCAUCCUGCGGCCGCUGAUGAUGCUGUUGUCCUCCUGUUCGGGCACGGGGGGGCCCGCCGUCGAGGCGGAGCUGGUGCUGCUGCUCCACCAGUUGUGCUGCGUUCUAGCAAAAGACCCUUCCAUCCUGGAGCUGUUUUUCCACACAAGUGAGGAUCAGGGGGCCACCAACUUCCUCAUCUUCUCCCUCCUCAUCCCCUUCAUUCACAGGGAGGGCAGCGUGGGCCAGCAGGCGAGGGACGCCCUGUUGCUCAUCAUGUCGUUGUCUGCUGAGAAUGAGAGGGUGGCCAAACAUGUUGCAGAGAACACCUACUUCUGUCCGGUGCUGGCCACAGGGCUGAGUGGCCUCUACUCAUCUCUUCCAACCAAGCUGGAGGUUCCCAGCGAGGAGUGGCACUGUUUGCACAAGGAGGAGUGGCUUCGGUUGCCGUCCCUGGUCCAGUUUCUAAACUCACUGGAAUUCUGCAAUGCUGUGAUUCAGGUCGCCCAUCAAAGCAUCAGAGACCAGUUGGUGGCUUAUAUUUAUAAUGGUUUCCUUGUACCAGUCCUUGCACCAGCACUGCACAAGCUCACUUUAGAGGAGGUGAUGACCACUACGGCCUACCUCGACCUCUUCCUGAGGAGCGUGACUGAGCCGGCCCUGCUGCAAACUCUGCUCUCCUUCAUCCUGCUCCACCAACAUGAGGGAGUCUAUAUUUUGGAUACACUGGUCAGCCGCAUCAACACUCCUUUCCAGCUGGGAACUGUGUCACUCGCACUUUUUCGUACUCUGAUCGGCCUCUACUGCGAGGAUGUGAUGCUGCAGCUUGUACUAAAGUACCUGAUCCCCUGCAAUCACAUGAUGCUGAGUCAGAGACGAGUGGUGAGGGAGAGGGACUUCUAUUCAGCAUCGGCAGCCAAGAUUCUGGCGCUGACGCCGUCCUGCUGCUCCCCUGAUCGCAGCCCCCCACCCCUGCGGCAGCUGGACUCCAUCCUUUUUUCCAAGCGUGUCGAAACUCCAAAGAACUCCAGCAACACAGACAAACACAGCAGCUUCUCUGAAGAAGAAGAUGGCUCAGGUAACUCCUGUACCAUAGGCUCAGAGAUCUACCUGGAUGUCAGCUACCUUCAUUACCUCUAUGACGCCCGGCUCAGCAUCAGCAGCUGCAUGAAGGCCUGCCAGGUGUGGUCGGCACCGUAUGAUGGGGAGAACCCUCCUCCGGAGAAAUACCAGCCGGGCGUACUGGAGGAGCCGGCGCCAGACAGUCGCCAAACCCAGACGGCCUUCAAGAGAGUCCCACAGCUGCUGGGGUCACGUCCUCGCCCAAGUCAGCCGCCGAGUAAAGAACCACCCUCUAUUGCCCAGCUCGAGCUGGAAUGGGAUGACACCUUUGAUGCGUGUCCAGUUCAGGCUGGCGAAGUUCCUGUGGAACCGAAACCUCCUCAGCUGCCUUCUUCUGAGGCACCAAAACACAUCCAGGAGAUGAGAAGGUCUGCCAUCAUGCUGGUUAAAGGCUCCUACAUCGAGGAAAAUGACUUCCAGGAUGAUGUCCUGGUGUACGAUCUGAUUGCAAAGAAAGACGCCUCAGCGAUGGAGCAGACAUCAGCCAGACCCCGCGGCUCAUCAUCAGCUGAGGCUCAGCCAGACUCCACUGAGGUCCCACUGAAAAACGGGCUCAGUCUAACACUUCCCACCUCUGUGAUGGCAGAUAACGGAAAUAACAGCCUAAAGGCAAAGGUCAAAGGUCAGACAGACUGUAACGGCAAUGUCCAAAACACGACCAGCACUAGUGAUGAUCUUUUAUCUCAGUAUGAGGAGCUGGUCCGUACUCUGGUCAGCCAAACAGCUGGAAAACAGGCAAAAACUGAUGGAGAGGUGAGAAAGUCUGUCUCUAUAGCAGUGGAAGAAGAAGAGGAGGAGGAAGAGAUGGACUUCACUUCCUUUACAGCUGAAACUCCUGAUUCAGAGAAACUAGCGUCUCCAUUUGGGUCCAUUCAGAGGUCCCGUAGUGGGAGCUCUAAAGGAAGCUACACUUUGCCUUUUACAGGUCCAUUUAUCAGCGUGCUGCUGUCUCGCCUGGAGAAUAUGCUCACCAACACGCUUCAUGUCAACCUGCUGCUGACAGGGAUCCUGGCUCAGCUGGCCGCUUACCCUCAGCCACUCCUCCGCUCCUUCCUCCUCAACACCAAUCUGGUUUUUCAGCCGACUGUUCGAUCGCUUUACCAGGUUCUCGCUAUUGUAAAGAAUCAGAUAGAAGAGGCGGCUGCCUGCAGGAAGGACUUCCCUGAGCUUAUUACUGUGGCACAACACUGGCUGCUGGCCAGAGAGGCCUCGUUCAUCACAGCAGAUAAAAGCAGCAGCGGUCCCUCCAACCAACAGGAAGGAGGAAGGAUCUUGAAGAACUCCCCUCCACCAAAGCCUAAAGCCAUCUCUCUGGAUCAGAUGGAGGUCUUUGCUACGGUUCUCUUCUCAGAGUUCCUUAAAGAACUUGCUGCCAUCGCACAGGAGCACUCCGUCCUGUCUUACAUUCCUAUGGAAGAAUAGAAAACCUCUGGGAUGAGUUCAGGAGGAAUAUUGGGUACUUUUUUCAGGUACUAAUUAAUGAACUGAAGGGUUUUCCCUUUUUAUUUGAAAGAAUUAAAAAAUAUUUAUUUUUUUCUAACUAAAGAAUCAACUUUGCUUGGUUGAACCUCAUCACCUUGCCUUUGCAAAGCGUUUGUCAGACAAAAUAGAGAUCCAACCUUGGAGCAGAUUUUCUUCAUAGAGACAUGCUGCAGCUCCUCUCACCAAAGACUUUUUAUUUUUCUUUUCUUUACCCACAAACAAUCAGUUGCUCUUUCCUAACCCAUAUGAAUAUCUUCUAUAAGCAGCUCCAGUGAUGCAGUGCUGCUCCGUGAUUUCUAUAAAAACACUCAGGUAGCCUUUCAGAAGUUGCCUUCAAGCAUCAGGAUAACAUUGAAUGUCGGUUUUUCAUUAUGUUUUCUUAUGACUGGCAGCAAUACUGAAAGCCUAAAACAAACACGUCCAAGCUGACAUUUUCAAUCACAACUGUUACACACUUUAGUCACUACUGCCUUUAAAUUGCAAAGUGUGAUUACAGAAAGCCUUUGUGUCUUUGCCAGAGGCAGUUCAGGAGUCUUUUAGCAACAUCUCCUGUUGUUUGUUUAAACAAGUAGAUUGUCUAACUUUUUAUGGGCUCUGCUUCUUUCUAUUGUCUCCACCAUCAUUGUUGGCACCUCUCAUAAAGAAAUGUAAAAAAAAAAAAAAAA